AUGGGCCUCCGUGCCUCUGUACGAGGGAAUUUUGAACCCAGCACUCGUCGGUGGAAAGGCCCACUGAGGCCUAUUGGGUGUAUUGGUGGCUUGCCGCGAAUCCUCCAUCAGGAAGCAUCGGGCGGGAAGCUUCUGGACCGCGGGCCUUCUGCACCUUCUGGCGAACCCACUCACCUACCGCCGCAAUUGCUCGAGCCUGCAUCAGUCCCUCAAGCGGCGCCCCGGGCGCUACUGACAUGCAAAUGUCUGGCUUAA